GGUUGUCUGUACCAGUCACUGUGGUUUAAAAAGAUUAGCAUGUGCAUUCACAAUUGAAUCUAUAUAUAGCAUGUGUAAACUGCAACGUCGGGCUAGGGAAAAUUGGAUGAUACUCGAGACAGUAUUUACUUAGCAAGGGGACCCGACACGCUGACAAUUAUACACAGAUCCGUAAGUCCUGCUGAUGAACGCACUUCAGUUAACGCUUGGUCGAGUGAAAUUUCGUGACUGAGAGCUUCUUAUUUUAUACCCAAGGCAAACGUCAAUUAUAGACUUCGUUUAAUUUUGUAGCAUCCGUUAAAUACUUGUGUGCUUACAAGAUGACAGAGGCCGAGUACAGUGCUUUUAAACUACAGACUCGCAAAGAAUACGAACAUCUCAUCUAUGAGUUUGAGCUGCGAUGCCAUAAAAAUGCACUGAUCAAUAACCACGAGGCCUCGACCUACGCAAGAAGGGCUUACCUGACAGAAAUUGUAGCCGCAAUAAUGGGGGCUUUUGCCGUCACAAGCCUCGGGGUGUGGCUUGCGCAGAAGACAGCGGAUUACUCUGUGUAUGCUGCCAACUGGGGCUACCUAGGCAUCUUCGCGGUGGGCGUGGCGUUCGUCCUCCAGUUUAUCAGCAAAGGGAGCGAACGGGUUCUGCCAUCUUUCAGCAAACGGGCAGAAGGUCACAUCAAGGCUGCCGGUGCCUGGCAGAUGUUGGCACAAAAAGCCAUGUCGUACAGGAUCAGGUUAGACAACCCUACGCUCGACGUUAAAACCUACGCUGAGUGGUAUGAUGACCUAAUUACUCAGAAAGAAGAACUUAACCCCAUUGUGAUCAGCCACGGGGCCACUUUCCAAAAAUACGAUGACCCGGAAGUGGUUUACAAUGAACUCAAGAAACGUAAGAUGCUGCUGAUAAGGUAUAAGGAGCUGGAUGAGGCGAACAAAGUUGACAAUUUAGCGGAGAAAUUGUGAAGCACGACAAUUUUUAGCAGUUUGCUUACAAAACAAAACUUACCAAAAAACUCAUGUGGCAACAACAUACGUAAAGUGAUGAUUGCUUGCUGUGGUUUACCCAGCUUUACUAUUAGGGGCUUCAUUAACGACAUGACGCUUUAAAAAAUGAAUUUUACCAUAACCCUUCCCUACAGUAACAAAUCAGAAUCCGACAGUUUUGACCUUUAUAAAUAGUUGGUAGACUAGUUGGUUCGAUUACAUAAAUAUCAGUUUCAAGCAUCUCUACAGGCCCCCCUCCCCCCCCCCCUCUUCACGAAAUAGAAAAAUAAUUACAAGCAUGAACAUUUUGGCAACCAAUGCCUUUAUUAAAGAAAUCAAAUUCGUUAUAUUUUCAGUUCAUUUAAAAGCUAAUUUGUAAUACUGUACAUGUUUUUUUUUUUACAUUUGUUUUAAUUCAAGUGUAGGCUUCCGGCGGGGAUGACUUGUGGCUUCAUUGGUUAAAUUUUGCGCCAAUUAAGUUAAUGUAUUGGAUAUUUCAGCUCUUUAGGAUUUGGUCAGAUUAGGUGGCUGGUCCGAUUAUACCAGACUAGACUGUACACGUUGAACAACUACUGAACGGAAAUGUUCCAUACAAAAAAUAAAUACAUUUUAGACAUUAUUGUGACUAAAAAUCCCCCCCCCCCCAAUGUAUAAGUUUUUUUUAGAAAGUGCACGUUAUACAAUUUUGUUUUAAUUUUUGAUUGAUGAAAAAAGUAAUGUUAAUUUAAAAAUUAUACUCUUUAAAUAUUCAACAUGCUUUUCAGUUAAGUGCUUUGAACAUAAAAGGAAUUUUUGUGUACUAUAACACUUUUAAAAGUCUU